AUGGUCAUCAAGACGGAAAAAGCGGCCGUCCCAGACACAAGGUUCGUCGUAUGUCAGGUCGCUGUGCAUGAGUCCUUGGUCGAGCAGGGGUAUUCGAGCUUCAUUGAGAGGCACGAGCUGGCCCUCUAUAUAGGCAGUUCCCUUGGCAAAGGGACUCGUGUUCGCCUCCAAGAUGGCCUCGCGGGCGUGCUAGCCGGCAAAGAUCUUGCUGCAGACGAAGCUCUGGCUCGCGUAUGGGCAAAGGAGCUGGGACAAUCGCACGGGACCACUGUCAACUGUGUGAACCCAGGACCCAUUGCCACAGACAUGCAGCCUCUCAUCGACUCCAUGCCUGCAGCGGCCCGGGUAGGCGAGGUUGAUGAUGUUGCGCCUCUCGUAGCCUUCCUCUGCUCAGACGAUGCAAGGUCACCGGGCAUCACGGGGUUCUCCACAUCGCUUGCUACUGUCCUGUCUGUCCCCAAGCCCCGCGCCCUGUGGAACACUUGUAGGCUUCGUCCCCAUCUCCCCCGCUUCUUCGAAGCUACUCCAAUCCUAGUUUACAUGGACGGAUGGGAGCAAUCAUGGCGGGGAAGGGACGAAGCCUUCACGGACAUAUGGUCGGAUGUCAUAGUUCCCACCGUCAUGGCCCUCUCUGCGCUGUUUUUUCUGGCGAUUUUGAGUUUGGAAGCAGCUUGCACCGCAGCGCAAGGCGACUUUCAGCAACAAUGCGUGUCGUUUAAUCCCGCGAGUAUCGGUAUUGCAAAUGCUACGGUCACGGAACAUGUCUACGUCGAGUCCGGGACCAAUCUCAGUCUGCCAUACAAUGACCCAUCCUGCGGCACAACGAGUCAACUAGUGCCGACCGAUCUCUGUCGUGUGGCCCUCCAAAUAGCAACAUCAGAAAGGUCUAGCAUCGUGGCCGAGAUUUGGCUGCCGCAGACUUGGAACGGACGUCUUGUCACGACCGGAAAUGGAGGCUUGGGUGGUUGUGAGCAUACCCCGUUCACCAAUGGAGAUGAUAUUGCUGACUCUGCGACGUUUCUAGGCAUUGACUACAGCGGUAUUGCAUACACGGCCAAAAAUGGGUUCGCGAGCGUGGGUACGAACAAUGGGCACAAUGGCACAUCUGGAAUUCAAUUCCUGAACAACACUGACGUCGUGGUCGAUUUCGCGUGGAGAGCUGUUCAUACAGGAGUCGAAGCUGGUAAAAUGAUCCUACAGCCAUUCUACGGGAAGGACGCAAGCAAGUCGUAUUUCCUAGGCUGCUCUCUAGGCGGACGACAAGCCAUCAAGGCAGCUGAUAUGUUUCCCGAGGACUUCGACGGAAUAGUGGCAGGAUCGCCAGCUGUGGAUUUCGACAAUCUUUAUUCGUGGAGAGCACGCUUCUACCCUAUCGUUGGGCCCGCGGGAUCGCCAAACUUCAUCACCCCAAAGGUUUGGAAAACUACGAUACAUGAGGAAGUACUUCGCCAGUGCGACAUGCUCGACGGAGUUUCGGACGGAAUUAUCGAGGAUCCAAUGCUGUGCCAAUUCGACCCUGCGCCUUUGCUGUGUGGGGAGGCCUCGAACAGCUCCGCCUGUCUAUCUCCCUCGCAGGUAGAAAUUGUUCGCAGGGUAUUUGAGCCGUAUUUGUGGGAGAACGGUACACUAUUGUACCCUCGAAUGAACCCCGGUGGUGAAAUAAUGUCUGCAGAUGGUCUAUACAAUGGACAACCAUGGGCAUUAUCACAAAGCUGGUUUCGCUAUGCGGUGUAUAAUAAUCCGAAUUGGGAUCCUGCCACCUACACACUCACUGACGCCGACUUUGCUGAAAAUAAAAAUCCCGGAAACAUUCGCACGUGGCCGAGCAGCCUGUCCGCAUUUCAACAACGGGGCGGCAAGGUUGUGAUGUUCCAUGGAGGACAGGAUAACCAAAUCACCAGUUUCAAUAGCCCUCGGUUCUACGAGCACCUAGCUGCGGGUAUGAGCUAUACAUCGGAAGAAAUGGACGAGUUUAUCCGUUUCUUCAGGGUUUCCGGCAUGUUCCAUUGCAACAGUGGUCCCGGCGCUUGGGUCAUAGGCCAGCAGGGCGGAUCGGCAGCGCAAGGAGCGUUCGACAGGGAGACCAAUGUCUUGGCUGCCGUGGUAGACUGGGUUGAGCAGGAUAUUGCGCCAGACACUAUGACUGGCACCAAGUUCGUGAAUGAUUCGGCUACACUGGGAGUAGACUUUCAGCGCAGGCACUGCAGAUGGCCGCUGAGGAACACUUACGUUGGGGGGGACUCGAAAGACCCUGAAAGUUGGGAGUGCCAGAGGGUGAAUGGAACACAGAAGGGAGCUUGA